CUUGAAAACACCAACAAGAUUACCAAUGACGUUAGAGAGGGGAGAGAGGAAGAAAAAGGGAAUAAUCAUGUUAGCCACGCCAAUGUCGACUUAAAAGAUUUCCAGAACGCUAUAAACAACCACAAACAAGACUUCAAAAUAUCCAGAGAAGUAGGAGAGAGGGCAGGGCAGGGAAAAGCCUACUACAAUCUUGGCAACGCCUAUGACAGUCCUGGAGAUUUCCAGAAAGCCAUAGAGUACCAUGAACAACACCUCAAAAUUUCAAAAAAAGUAGGAGACAGAGCAGUGGAAGGAAGAGCGUAUGGUAAUCUUGCCAACGCCUAUGACAGUCUUAAAGAUUUCCAGAAAGCCACAGAGUGUUAUGAACGACACCUUCAAAUUUCAAAAGAAGUGGGAGACAGAGAGGGGGAAGGAAGAGCGUAUGGUAAUCUUGGCAACGCAUAUCACAGUCUUGGAGAUUUUCACAAAGCCAUAGAGUACCAUGAACAAGAGCUUAAAAUUUCAAAAGAAAUGGGAGACAGAGCAUCGGAAAGAGGAGCGUACGGUAAUCUUGGCAACGCCUAUGACAGUCUUGGAGAUUUCCAGAAAGCCAUAGAGUACCAUGAACAACACCUCAAAAUUUCAAAAGAAGUAGGAGACAGAGCAGGGGAAGGAAGAGCGUAUGGUAAUCUUGGCAACGCCUAUGACAGUCUUGGAGAUUUCCAGAAAGCCAUAGAGUAUUAUGAACGACACCUUAAAAUUUCAAAAGAAGUGGGAGACAGGGCAUUAGAGGGAAAAGCAUACUGUUAUCUUGGCAACGCCUAUGACAGUCUUGGAGAUUUCCAGAAAGCGAUAGAGUACCAUGAACAAGACCUCAAAAUUUUAAAAGAAGUGGGAGACAGAGAAGGAGAAGGAGGAGCGUACGGUAAUCUUGGCAAUGCCUAUGACAAUAUGGGAGAUUUCCAGAAAGCCAUAGAGUACCAUGAACAAGACCUCAAAAUUUCAAAAGAAGUGGGCGACAGAGCAGGGGAAGGAAGAGCGUACGGUAAUCUUGGCAGCGCCCAUGACAGUCUUGGAGAUUUCCACAAAGCCAUUAAGUACCAUGAACGACACCUCAAAAUUUCGAAAGAAGUGGGAGACAGAGCAGAGCAAGGAAGAGCGUACUGUAAUCUGGGCUGCGCCUAUCACGGUCUUGGAGAUUUUCAGAAAGCCCUAGAGUACCAUGAACGACACUUCAAAAUCUCGAAAGAAGUGGGAGACAGGGCAGGGGAAGGAAGUGCGUACUGUAACUUUGGCAACGCUUAUAACAGUCUUGGAGAUUUCCAGAAAGCCAUAGAGUACCAUGAACAAGACCUCAAAAUUUCAAAAGAAGUGGGCGACAGAGCAGGGGAAGGAAGAGCGUACGGUAAUCUUGGCAGCGCCCAUGACAGUCUUGGAGAUUUCCACAAAGCCAUUAAGUACCAUGAACGACACCUCAAAAUUUCGAAAGAAGUGGGAGACAGAGCAGAGCAAGGAAGAGCGUACUGUAAUCUGGGCUGCGCCUAUCACGGUCUUGGAGAUUUUCAGAAAGCCCUAGAGUACCAUGAACGACACUUCAAAAUCUCGAAAGAAGUGGGAGACAGGGCAGGGGAAGGAAGUGCGUACUGUAACUUUGGCAACGCUUAUAACAGUCUUGGAGAUUUCCAGAAAGCCAUAGAGUACCAUGAACAAGACCUCAAAAUUUCAAAAGAAGUGGGCGACAGAGCAGGGGAAGGAAGAGCGUACGGUAAUCUUGGCAGCGCCCAUGACAGUCUUGGAGAUUUCCACAAAGCCAUUAAGUACCAUGAACGACACCUCAAAAUUUCGAAAGAAGUGGGAGACAGAGCAGAGCAAGGAAGAGCGUACUGUAAUCUGGGCUGCGCCUAUCACGGUCUUGGAGAUUUUCAGAAAGCCCUAGAGUACCAUGAACGACACUUCAAAAUCUCGAAAGAAGUGGGAGACAGGGCAGGGGAAGGAAGUGCGUACUGUAAUUUUGGCAACGCUUAUAACAGUCUUGGAGAUUUCCAGAAAGCCAUAGAGUACCAUGAACAAGACCUCAAAAUUUCAAAAGAAGUGGGCGACAGAGCAGGGGAAGGAAGAGCGUACGGUAAUCUUGGCAUCGCCUUUAGUGAACGUGGAGAUUUUCAGAAAGCCAUAGACUACCAUGAACGACACCUUAGAAUAUCGAAAGAGGUGGGAGACAGAGUAGGAGAAGGAAGAGCGUGCGGUAAUCUGGGCAGCGCCUUUAGAAAUCUUGGAGAGUUCCAGAAAGCCAUAGAGUAUACUGAACGACACCUCAAAAUUUCGAAAGAAGUGGGAGACAGGACAUUAGAGGCAAGAGCGUACUGUAAUCUUGGCAACGCCUAUGACAAUCUGGGAGAUUUCCAGAAAGCCAUAGAGUACCAUGUAAGAGACCUCAAAAUUUCGAAAGAAGUAGGAGACAGAGCAGGGGAAGGAGGAGCGUACUGUAACCUUGGCAACGCUUACGACAGUCUCGGAGAUUUCGAGAAAGCCAUACAGUACCAUGAACGAGACCUCAAAAUAUCGAAAGAAGUGGGAGCCAGGGCAGGAGAGGGAAAAGCGUACGGUAAUCUUGGCAACGCCUAUGAUAGUCUGGGAGAUUUCCAGAAAGCCUUAGAGUACCAUGAACGACACCUCAAAACUUCAAAAGAAGUGGGAGACAGAGCAGGGGAAGGAAUAGCGUACAGCAAUCUUGGCAGCGACUUUAGAAAACUUGGAGAUUUCCAGAAAGCCAUAGAGUACCAUGAACGACACCUCAAAAUUUCAAAAGAAGUGGGAGACAGAGUAGGGGAAGGAAAAGCGUACUGGAAUCUUGGGAACGCCUAUAACAGUCUUGGAGACUUUCAGAAAACCGUUUACUACUUUAAAAAAAGUGUCAUUGUCUUUGACCAGAUCAGGCGAAAUCUGAUAUCUAAUGACGAGUGGAAGAUUAGUCUUGGGAGUGCUUAUGAUGAUGCUAAUUUGUUUCUAUGGGGGCUGCAGUUGAAGCAAGGUGAGGUCGUCGAGGCACUUUUGACUGCUGAUCAUGGAUGUGCUCAGGCUUUAAAUGAUGUUCUGGAGUUCAAGUAUGGGCUUAAAGGCUUCCGUCUAGAUACAGGAACACUGCAUACAACGACACCCGACAUUCUAAGUUACCUACCAUUAAAUACAGCUUUCAUAGGUAUCAAUGAGGAAGGAAUAUUCUUCUGGGUGAACGAAAAAGGAAAAGAGAUCAAAACUAGAAGAACUGAGAUCGAUAUUUCCACCACAACUUAUUUUCAGUCUCUGUUGGAGAGUGCUUAUGAAGAAAUGGGUGUGAGAGCUGAUGUUAACUGUGAAGACCGGUCAUUAAGGAACCCAAGCGAUAAAAUGGUAGCAGAAGAAAGAUCCAGUAAGCCAAGGUCUCAUUCCUCCUUUUUUGAGACAAAGUCAUUACAAACAUUUUACAAAGUUGUUGUAGACCCUAUAAGAGACUUACUCCAUAGCGAUGAGGUUGUGAUUGUUCCACAAGGACCUCUGUGUUUGGCCCCCUAUGCUGCUUUCAUGGACUUUAAAUCAAAGUACCUCUGUGAAACGUUUAGAAUUCGUCUUCUUCCCUCACUUUCUAGUCUUCGAUUAAUCCAAAAUUGUCCAGCAGAUUGGCACAGCAAGACUGGCGCUCUUCUCGUUGGCGAUCCGUGGGUACAGGAGGUAGUUUAUGAAGGAAUAACGCUAGAACAGUUAGAGUGGGCCGAAAAGGAAGUACAGAUGAUUGGGGAAAUACUUCAAACUGCACCUCUCGUUGGAAAGCAGGCAACAAAAGAUGAAGUUUUAAGACGUAUCUCCUCGGUUUCGUUGGUGCACAUUGCUGCUCACGGUAGAAUGGAAACAGGAGAAAUUGCUUUGGCCCCUAGCCCAACACGUUCAUCCUUGAAUCCAGCCAGGGAGAAUUAUCUCUUAACUACGCAAGAUGUUUUAAAGGCGCAGAUUAGAGCAAGACUUGUUGUACUUAGUUGCUGUCAUAGUGCGCGAGGAGAAGUCAAAUCUGAGGGUGUGGUCGGCAUCGCACGGGCAUUUUUGGGUGCUGGUGCUCGCUCUGUUCUGGUGUCCCUAUGGGCGAUCGACGACGAAGCUACAAUGGAGUUCAUGAAAGUUUUCUACCAACACUUAGUCCAUGGACGAAGUGUCAGUGAGGCCUUGAAUAAAGCCAUGAAAUCCAUGAGAGAAUCUGACCGCUUUAGCGCAGUGAAGUACUGGGCGCCGUUUGUUCUCAUUGGUGAUGACGUAACGCUUGAGUUUAAAGGCAUCGAUUAA